AUGCAAAACGAAAUCGCCCCAAGCAAGACUCUCUUCACCGUCCAUUCCCAGCACCGUCGCUUUCUUUACGACCCGCAUAAUGGCAAUUUUUCUGUUUGCGGCGAGACUCAGUCCUAUGCGCCUGACUGUCAUCUGGCAGUUGCUGGAGAAGUGGUCGACGAAGAACAAGACAUCACACCUGCCCCUCUCUCAGAAGCACUUCCCUUUCUUCGAGUUACAACGGACGAUGAGCCUCACGAUGCGCAGAUCGGUUUCCUUUUCGGCAGUGAUCCUGAGGUCUGCGAUGUCUUGCUCGACAAGGACCCAGCACGGGGCAUAAGUAAAAGACAAUUCGCUAUCCAUGUCACCCAGCAACACGGUGUCCUCCUCAUUAUCAACCGCAGUCGUAACAAAACCAAUGUUGAGGCUCGGAGUUUUGGCAAGUUGGCUUUGAGUAGCCAAAGAGCGCUUCAAGACAACGAGAGUGUGCACGUCUCCCUGGGAAUAUAUGAUAUUGAGAUCAGACUCCCCGAUCACUCUGCACAUCUGGCCGAUUAUCGCACGGAAUUGUCAAAUUUUACGAGAAGAAUUUCGUCUCAGAUCCCAGUCUUCCAAAACCUAGAGCUGGAGUCGGGACCUAGCGCAAGCACUGCAUCUUUACGUGCGUCACCCUACCAACUUCGUGAGAAGGUUGGGUCUGGGACCUAUGGUGUUGUGUACCGGGCAGUGCACCGAGUUACUGGUGAUGUGGUUGCUGUCAAGCAGCUCGGGAAACACGAACAUAUGCGAUUAGAGGAGGUAAUGCUAUUACGCAACAUCACACAUGAACACAUUGUCAGUUUUCACGCCUUCAUUAUUGAGAUUGACUCGUUUCACCUUGUCAUGGAAUUUGUCGACGGUCAGAACCUCGAAACGGCAUUCAAGGCCCAUCAUCCAACUUCGACCGAGCUACGAGAAGUCAUGCGUCAACAACUUUCUGCCGUGGAGUACAUACACCAUCGGGGAAUUGUCCAUCGAGACAUAAAACCUCCCAAUGUGAUGGUAAAGUGGCGAGAUCCUAUGGUCACCAAACUCACAGAUUUUGGAUUGGCGAUAAGGUCGACUGAGCUGGCUGAUAAAGCUCCGCUUUGCGGCACCGCCUCGUAUGCCGCGCCAGAGGUCUUGAGGGGAAUUCUGUAUAAUGAGAAGGUUGACAUUUGGUCUCUUGGGAUCCUCUUCCUACAAUAUUCCCACAAGCUUCCGCCAUUGCCUAAGCACGACUCUAAGCCCAGAGGACAAACAAAUUGGGGCUCUUGGGGAAGCUGGCCCGAUAAAGUACAGCAACACCUUCAACAUAUGCCCCGCUCUCCUGCCUUCCAAUUCACUUCAGCCCUGCUUACAGCAAACCCAGAAGUACGCCCUUCUGCAAAAGAUGCCCUAGCUCAUCCUUUUUUCUCUUCCGAACUUGGCAUAUCCUCUCCCGCAGGGAAGACGAGCGCGGAACAGUCGGGCGAUGACUUAGGUUCCCAAGAUACGAUUCGAGCCUCGCCUUCGAGACAAGGGCUACAGGACGUCCCUUCAUCAACAGGGAGUCAAAGCGAUAAUCUGCCAGCCACAGAAAUCCAUUACCCUGUCACUGUUGUGCCCGGUAUUGAGACUGGAUCGCCUUCCCUGGAAAGGCAUGCGAAGAGGCAAAAGAACGGCGCAAAUUCGUCGCUAUCGGAGGUGGCACGUUUUCUUGAGAGCAUAGAGGAUCCGCUUGAGUCCUUCCUUUUCGGACGAAAUCUAAAUGCCACAGGAAGCGAGACAUCUGAGACACCAAUGUUCGGGGGAGCUAGCCACGAAGAAGAUUCGGAGCUGCCAUCUCUUGGAUGGAAUGUCAAUCAAAUCACUCCGUCCGAACGAGAUACGCAACUGUCUGGCCUAGGACUUGAGUACCAGCCACACUCUAUUCGACCUUACGAACAGGAGCAACGCGAGUUGACACGAGAAAUAAUCCAAAACACACCCAGAGAGCACGAAGGGCAGCACAUACCCAUCAACGUCUAUGAGCUAAAUUUACCGCUCAAGCGCCCGCCUGGAUAUAAAGUGAUGAGAUACGACAAACAGAGGAUUGCAUAUCAUCCAUUCUUACAGAGAGUCAACAUAACAUCUGUGCUCAGGUUGGCUAACAUCCAGCGACAACAAGGACUGCAAUGGACGAAAAAUAGACAGUGUGUUUGCACAACGAUGAAAGGAUCGCCCUACAUUCAAGGCACUUACCUUACAUUCGAUGACGCAGCAUCCUGUUGCUCUGAUCUCAGCGCGGGUCAAGCGGCGAUGAGGCUCAGACCAACAUCGACAUACCUCCUUCCAAACCUCCACCGCAACGCAAACCAGCGCAAUGCAAACCAGCGCAAUGCAAACCAGCGCAACGCUUCAAAGUGA